AUGUCGUCCAAGGGUCGCGAAGUCUGCGCUUUGAGCUCCCGUGACCCCCCGCCCAGCAGGCCCAUCUUCUGCACCCACCUGAGUGAUCGGGAGCGCAGGGCCCUCUGGGACCACGCGCUCCAGGCUCCUCCAAGCUCCUGGCAGGAGCCUCUGUCCUGGGAAAUGGCGCCGGACCCUGGGAUGGGCAGCCUGACCCAGAGCUGUGCCGGCGGUUCUGCCCUCAGAGCUCUUCUGGUGAAAGACAAGAGGUGGGGAGGGGAGUGUCAAGCCUGCGUCCUGUGCGGUCCCUGCCUCGGCCGCCCGAGAAUGACGCUGGACGGAUGCCUGCCCCCGUGCAAGUCCCCGGGCAGGUCUGAGGGUCAGGGGUCGGCUCUUGCCUUCAUGACGCUGGAGAGCCGCUGUGGACUGGACGUUGGAGAGAGCGCCGUCCUACUCCUCCUCGGCUCCAGAACGGCCAGCCCUGUGCUCGGCUCUCUGCCGAGCCGUGGGGUCCAGGGUGGGCAUUUCCUCAUUUACGGAGACAAGAGCCGGAGCGCUGAGGGGCAGAGAGUCCCGGAACGGCCGCCUUUCUCUCUGCUGAUCCGCUGGCUCACACCUCCUGACCUGUGA